UGUGUUCUUUCUUCUCAGGAGGGUCACCAGUUUUGAGGGAGAGAGCAGGUUUCUUCUUGUUGAAAUAAAACUCUUGAAGUCGUUUUUCGGAAUGAAUUUAUUUGCCAAAUGGCCCUACUAAUAAAUACAGCUACCGUAGCACACUUACAUACUAAGUACACACCGAAAUGCUUUUUGCAACCGACCAAUAGCAGCGCAGGACCGAUCGCGCGAGUUUGACGUCGCGUCCGCGAGAGGGCGCCGCCGCUCGCUCGCGUCGCGUGGCCGCGCCGCCGCUUUAAAAAGGCGCGCUCCCCGCGCCGCGUCCCGGAUUCGCCAGCAGCCGUCGAGUGAAGACCUACCUGCCUACACUCACCGCUCGGACCGCAAAACAUCGAAAUACCCGCUGCUCGGUCGCGGUUGGCUAGCCACCUCAGCGCGCCCAGCUCGUUGGCCCGAUCACGCGAGGCCCUCCGUCGUGUCCGGUGCCCGGUCUGCCACCAGCGGCAAGCCCCGGGUACCGGUUCGGCGGGUCCCCCGCGCGGGUCAGCGACUGACGUGUCGCCACCAGCCGCCCGGAGCACAAUUUCUGCUCCUACCCGACGAAUUUGAUUUUUAAUUUAUUAAUCUACCCGCGGCAAGAAGAUGCCGCACGGAGGCCGCGAGCAGUCGCCGCGCUCCUCCAAGCUCGGCCCGGCGGGGCGGGGGAGGGUUUUUAAGAACUCUCGCCUGCGCCCCACCGAAACCAGGACGCUGCACGUGGCGAUUCAAGGGUUCGUCGCCAGUGCCACGCCGACCCCAUCAGCCACCGGAGGUGCGGGGGAGGAAUUCUUCCCCCCGCCCCCCUCGAUACCCGACACCCCGGCGUCGCCCUCGCCUCCGCUGCGCACGGCCCCACCCGCGUGGCCGACCGCGGCGCCGGAACAAGAACCAGAGCCUAUGGACGUGGUGCCGACCACCGCCACUCCGGACGCGGGUGUGUCACACCCGACCACCGUCACUCGUGACGCCGGUCUGGCACACCCGCCGUCCGCAAUACCGCGGCCGACCCCACGGCCUAAUGCAGACGCGGCGCAACCUGCCGCCACCGCAGCCGCCGCUCCACGCGCCACCGCUCCUCGCGCCCCCGCCCCCGCACUAGCUGCGGGACAAAAGCCGAGGAAGCCGCAGCCCGCCGCGGCCCCGCCGCGCCCCCAACGGCCUCCGAAGAAGCCGACCGCAAUGGCGCCAGCUGCGCCCAUGCGCCCAGCGCCCCCCAGCGCCGCGCCCCCACGCGCAGCGCCUAUGUAUCGCGCGCCCCCGGUCAACAUCGCACCGGGGCGCUUCCCUUCGCCGCCCAAGAUGCCGGCGGACAAGAGAAAGGCGGUUUUUAUCACUCCGCCCUUCCGCCCACCGCCCAUCCUGCCACCCUUCGCUCCACCGCUGCACGGCGCCACGCCCGUACCUACGUACGCAGCCGCCGCCGCCGCUACCGCCACCGGAACGCCCGCCCCAGCCGCGCCCCCGACACCGAAGCCGCGCUCGCCCACGACACCGUGCGCCCCCGCGCCCAAGAAGACGCGAUACCCGCCGCUUAUAGUGGAGAAGCUCCCCAACUGGGUCGAGCACUUCACGGCCCUGAAGCGGCGGCUCGGACACGCGCCCAACGCGCGCCCCUUUGGAAAGGGGGUGCGCUUCACGCCCCGCUCCGACGAGGAGUACCGGGCGAUCCAGGCCUACCUGGCUGAACUGGAGAAACACCAGGGAGUCGCCUGGUUUUCGUACUCCCUCCCCGCGGAGCGAAGCGUCAAGGUGGCCAUACGCGGGCUACCGGUUGACACCCCGCCGGAGGCGAUCAUGGAGGCGCUGCAGGACGCCGGCUACGGCGCGGAAUACGUCCGCCCCAUCCGCGCGCGCCAAGGACGACCUGGGUGUUUGUACUACGCCCAGGUAGCGCGCGCAGACAACACCAUCCCGGGCAUAUACGGGGUAACAGAGCUACUCUGUAUGCCCGGGAUUAAGAUUGAAGCUUGGCGCGGGAAAAGGGCCCCGCGCAGUGCCAUCGAUGCCAACAGUUCCGGCACUCGUCGCACAACUGCCACCGGCCAAUGGCCUGUGUGCGGUGCGGCGAGGAACACCCGGCAAGCGAGUGCCCCCGCCCAAAGGAGGAGCCGCCCACCUGCGCGAAUUGCGGCGGCGCACACACGGCGAACAACACGUCGUGUCCUGUGUUCCGCCGCGAGACGCGCAACCCGAGGGCAGGCACUGUGGCGCGCACAGCCGCCGCCCCCACCGCCAAACCAGCAGCCGCACAGCCAAGGGGCGAAAACAACGCCCCUGGCUCUCUAA